CCAGGAGGAGGACGAGGGGUUUUGCUCUUCCUCCCCGGCGGGAGGAUUUGAGGAGGGGGAGUAGGGGAGGAAGGUGAAGGCCUCGGCUGCCUUCUGCUCAGAGAGACGUCUGUCGGCAUCAUGGAGCUUUUUGGGAGCUUUGUCAGGCCUCGUGGAGAGACUUUGGGGUUUCCAGCUCGUCCUGGCAGCGCGGGCACAGUGAAGACCCUGGGCAACACUUACCAGUUCACGGUGGACGUCAGUGACUUUGCCCCUGAGGACAUCAUUGUCACCACCUCCAACAACCAGAUCGAGGUGCAUGCUGAGAAGCUGGCUGCAGAUGGCACUGUCAUGAACACCUUCACCCACAAAUGUCAGCUGCCCGAAGACGUGGACCCCACGUCGGUGACGUCCUCGCUGGGGGACAAUGGCACGUUGACCAUCCGGGCUCAGCGGCGGCCCGCCAAGCACAGCGACCAUGUCCAGCAAACCUUCCGGACUGAGAUCAAGAUCUGAGGCAGGGCCAGGGGAAAAAGGGAGCUCUUUUAUCCCUCUUUCCCUCCCCUGUGCCUAAUCCCUCAUUAAACAGUUGGGUGAUUUGGGAAGAAGGUGGGAUGUGGGGUAGGGGAUGGGAACGCCAGCACCCAGUCCCAGCUCCGGCGGUUUUUAGCCAGUGAAGGUUGAUGGGGAAGAUCUGUCGUGCCAAAAGCCCUGCCAGGAGAGAGGUUCCCUUCCCCAGCCCUCUGCUGGAGCUUGUCUCUGUAUAUACAGCUU